AUGGCACUUCCACGAAUUUUUCCAUUUAUUGGUGCAGUUGUUGCCAUUGCAGCUGUUGUUCUGACAGUGAUUGGUGUCUCAACAGAUUAUUGGUUUUCAACAUCGGUGUUCCAUUCUGGUUUAUGGAGAAAAUGCCUUGCGCAUACUGCUUGUUCGGAAACAAAAGAAGCAUCACGAUCAGCAGCCAUGGCAAUUAGCGCUUUAAUUGCAAUGGCUAUUGCUGGCUUAUUAGCAAUUGUUUCUGGUAUUUUGUAUAACAAAACUGAUGGUAGCAACAAUGUUGCUCGUUUAUGUGGCUCAUUACGUUUACGAGAGAUAACUACUGAAGAAGAAACAGUAGAAGUCACCAAAACCAAUAGUGUUGAAAUUAUUAUUGCUGCGGUCAGCACAGGUGCGACGCUAUUAGGAGUAUUGGGCACUAUUGUAUACAAUUUUGCGAAAAAAUGUUGUAAAUCAAAAGGUUCUGAUAAAAGAAAACGAGCCUCAAGUGAUAGUGGUGCGACUUCGACAAGCGCAGUAGGUCGUGUUAAAUCAUUUCAACAAAAUAUACAAAAACAACAACAAAAACUUUUUCAACCGUCUGAUGAAUUUUCAAUGAGUAUUAAACGAAAAUUAUCAAAUUUUGAAUAUGUUGAUCCAUCAUGGUGGCAAACUACUAAACGUAUUAAAAACUCGAUAGAGAACAGAAAUAUUUAUGUAAUACCAUCAAGUAAUCCUACGCGAAAUUUUGUUAGUGCUGCAUCGUCGAGACCAAACUUUUACAGUGUGCGAAUUGAUACAGUUGAUAGAACUAAUAUCGAUCCGAAACUCUUACCGUAUUUGAUUGUUGAAAAAAGUAGUAAAGAUGGAACUGGUGUUUUUAGACUAGCUUGCCAAUAUGGUAAGUUAGUAAGUUUGUUUUCAGUUCAAGAUCUUGUCGAUUUGAAAUCAUCAUGUCCUCAAGAAUUACGACAAACUGAUGUCAAUGCUUUAGGUAAUGUUACAUUCAUUGAAGCAUGUAAACUUUAUGCACAAGUGGUUCAACAUGCGAUUGUAAAAGUAAAUGCGCUAUGA